GGGGCUACAUCGUCUUUUUGCCGUGCCAUUUGGUGAGAGACAUGUUAGAGAUAAUUUUGUCAGUUGUGACAAAAUGGGCAUUGACACAAUGGAUCUUUCUCCACGUUAUGGUCUCAGGUACUUACUCUCUGGUCACAAUCCACCAGCCUCCUUUGCUUGCCACUGCUCUGGGUCAUGAUGUUGUAAUGCCGUGCCAUCUUUCCUAUGAUGAGAAAAUGCUGACCCCAUUAGUUUUGUAUUGGACAGACACCAACAAUGUCAGAGUGUGGAUGCCCUCUGAGAAUUAUGAGGGACGUGUUGACCUUCUGGACAAUGAUGUGCUCUCUUUAAACAAGUCAUUACUCCUCAGGAAGGUCGAGUGGACCGACGGUAGGAAGUACCUGUGCAAAGUCUCCAUCACUGUCCCGGAAAAACGUUUCAGGAUGAAUGGAAAUGGAACUUUACUGAUGGUUUAUGACACCGUGAACUUUAAACUCACCAGUCACAAUCAGUCUCUGCUCUGCUGUGAAGUUAACGUGACCCAGGGUACUGGAUUUGUUUUGUCCAUUUUUCACAUUGGAUACAACCUUCAAACUGUUGACACUGCUCCAGGAAAUGUCUCAGCUCUGCCCUAUGUCACACUUUCUCAAACAAUUUAUCUGAGGAAUAAAGGAAAAUAUGAGUGUCAGCUGCACCUGAACGAAGAGCUGGUGGCGAAAAACAUCUACUACCAUCUGUCUGAGCCAGAUGUCGAGGUGUUUCCAGAGCCGUGGUUUCUGUAUGUGGCUCUCCUCCUGGUGCCCGUCAUCAUCCUUCUGAGCCUCGUAACUGCGAUGCUGAUGUACAGAUGCUGUGUUUGUCUGCCUUGAAUGGAGGCUUAACAAUGGAGAUCCAGGCUGCUCGGGAGAAAAAAGGACCCCUUACUUAUCUUAAAUAUGAACCAGUCAUCUACUUUGAGGAUCAAUCUGCGCUGUCAGUUGGGGGUCAUCGUCAUUAACUGGAGUAGAACUGUUUACCAGAUGUUUUCCUUUCCUCAUCAUUAUAUGGCAGGAUUUGAUACAUUUAUUUUUAUUAUUUAUUUGAUACAGUUUAUAAAGGAGGGUGCCUGUGACUAACAGUGGGAUUUUUAUUCCCACUGGAACAAGAAACUCACUUUCUUUUGCAAUUUGACUGCAAAAAAAGCCUAAAAACAUCACAACAACAACACCAUUUUUUGGAGGGGUCAUUUUAUGCCACAAAAAAAACUUGCCUGCAAAAUCCUUGAGGGACUAAUUUAAGGAAGACAUCAUUACAAAUAAUUUCUUAUUCCAAAUGUUUAGUGGGAUUAGUUAGGGAAUUAGAUUGGGAACAACUAAUCAGUUACAACUUUUAUGAAGAUCUGUAUUUGUACAGUAUGGCACAGAAAGGUGACAGAAUAUUACAGUAUAUAUACAUAUGAAGUCAUAUAUGAAUACUUACUGCUAUUGCUCUUAUUCAUUUAUUAUUACUGCUCUUUGGUUGAAUGUAUACAGACUCAUGUUGAUACUUGUUAUGUGUUUUGAAUUUCAAGGAAGGAUUUGCUUUACGUAUUUAUAUGAAAAUCUAAA